UGCUGUUGAGGAAUCGGCUGCAUCAACAUCAGAUCAUAAAUUAUCGAAUAUGACAUCAUGGGUGUUUUCGGUUUUAAUCAUUCCAUUGUUUGUGCUUACGGUGGCAGGACAAUCGAAUGCCAGUCUUAAGGAUCGGAAUACGUCUCUCAAUCAUCGAAACCGAACUCAUGGAGACUUGAAAAAACAAUCACUUCAUCUUGAUUAUCGGGAACUUAGCGAGGGUUCAAACUCUCGCUUAAAUCAGGAUUACUACGAAGUGCGAAAAAGGCGUCCGAAGAAAAAGCGACAAACUGUCCACUUUGCGAAACCAGCUCAUGCCAAGAGACAGGUUCAAGGCAGGGAGGAAAAGAUCUAUGAAACCUUUGAGGAAAUACAUGAGCACAUCAACGAGCCGAGCACAGAAGAUUCUCAGACACAGCCGUCGGAACACUACGAGAGCCACGAGGAAAUUAUGGAGGGUGUUGAGCACGUGGGCAACAAGAAACACGAAACGCCAGUUAAGAUCAAAGUAAAGCACCAUCAUCACCAUCAUCAUCAUAACCACAUCAAAGAAGUCAUUAAAACCGUACCAAAGCCAUAUAAAGUUGAAAAAAUCGUACAUGUUCCGGUUGAGAAAAUUGUAGAAAAAAUUGUGCAAGUGCCGAGAAUUGUAAAUGUGACGGUAGAGAAAAUUGUUCAUGUGCCCGUCGAAAAGAUUAUUGAAAAGGUCGUACAAAUACCAAAACCAGUACACGUUCCUAAACCGUAUGUAGUCGAGAGAGUAAUGGAGAAAAUCGUGCACGUCCCAAAACCCUAUCCUGUCUUAAGGACUGUUCCCUAUCCGGUUGAGAUCAAAGUUCCCGUUCAAGUUGAAAAGAAAGUUCCAGUUCCAUAUAAAGUCGAAGUUGAACGUAAAGUUCCCGUCUACAUUCACGAUCCAGAACCAUAUAAAUUUGAUCACAUGUACACUAAGCAGCUUAAAGAAAAAGAGCUGGCGCAAUUUAAUCCUGAGAUUGCAGAAACAACCAGCAUAGAGAAUUAUCAAAGUUUUUAUCCGCCUCGCAUGCCCGCAUUUUACACAUCACACAAGUCUAGUCCUUUUAAGAAGCCCGAACCACCACAGGAUUUCGAAUUUCAGACUAUUAAGCAACAACCUAUAAAGCAGCACACACAUAUAGAUUUCCCAAAAACUACUAUAUCACCAUCUCCCCCUUCAAUGGAGCAGUCUACAUCUGAGAGUCAAGUGCUGCCCGUCAAAUUCAUGGAGAGUGAGUCGCAAUUUAAUAUUAUUGUGACUGAUAACAACACGUCAAUUGACUUGCCUCCACAAAUGUAUGACAAUAAAUACCAUGAAAUACCAUUCCCAUUUGAAUUUAUUCGCUUACAACCAGUCCCAUUCCAAUCUAAUAGUAACUUAGAAGUCCCAUUUCCAGCAGCACCUCUAAAUAAUACUGCAUAAGGCAAUUCGUUGGUUAAGAAAUAUAUAUAAUUUACAUAUUAUUUUAUAUUUUGUUGUAAAAUAAAAAUAUUAGUU